GGGACGUUCGGCAACGACAGAGGGCAGACACGGCGGCGGCGGAGGAACUCUCUUUCAGUCUUUGGUCCCGAAGACGGAGGCGCCCUCAUCUCACCAGUCCCCCUCCCUCUCCCUCCACCGCCGCUCGCCGCCGUUUCCCAGCCGCCGGGCCCAUCGCCGCGAUACCCCCCACAGAAAACCGGGAGGCCCUGUUUUUUGGCGGUCGUCUUCGUUCUCCUUCGUCCCGGAGCUCGCCGUUCUCGUUCGGACCCUUCGUUACACCCAAUCCCGAAGUUCCGGAAGCCCGUCCCGUGCCUCGACGGCGGCCUCAGAAGCCCCCGGUUUCGCCCUCAAACCCGCCCUCGCCGAGCAGAUCCGAGAGUCCCCUGUUUUGGCCUCUCUUUUUCUCGCCAAGGCGGCUUUUUUUCGCGCCUGGAAAUCUCAAGACGUUUGCUUGAAGCUUGUUCGGCAUUUGCGGCUUCAAUCCCUCAACGAUUACGGAAGUCUCGCUCGCUGAUUCAGUCGUCCACCGCGACUUCGCCUUCGCCUUAGCUUGUUGACCAGGAUAAUGGAGUUUGAGGAUGGGUAUCCGGCGCAGAAGCUGUUCCAUCAGGGUUACUCCUACACAUAUGAUGAUGUCAUCUUCCUCCCAGGCUAUAUAGGAUUCCCAGUGGAGCAGGUUGACCUCUCCACCAAGCACCGCAACAUCUCCCUCAACAUCCCAUGUGUCUCCUCACCGAUGGACACUGUCACAGAAUCCUCCAUGGCCCGAGCCAUGGCAGCUCUUGGCGGCAUCGGCAUCAUUCACGCCAAUGUCCCUCCCUCCGACCAAGCCUCCUUGGUCAAAGCAGCCAAAUCCUCCUGCUUCCCAGUCCUCUCCAAUCCUGUCUUUCUAUCUCCCACAGAUUCUAUCAUCUCCCUUGAGGAUUUUGCUGACACUCAUUGCAUCCUCGUCACAGACUCUGGUGAUUGCCGUGGAAAGUUGGUGGGCUAUGUGACCAAGUCUGAUUGGAUGAACCUUACAGACAAGGAAACACAGCUGGUUGAUUACAUGAUCAAGUCCUCUGAUUCUGCCCCUUGGGAUUGUGAUCUGGCAAAGAUGAUAAGCUACUUUGAGGAGAAGGGGGAAGGAUUUGCGCCAAUAGUGAAGGGAGGAGAGAUAGUAGAUGUCGCAGGGAGAGAUGUGGAGAGGUUGAGAGGAUUCCCCAAAUUGGUGGGAGGGGCUUCACUGGGUCCCAAUGGAGAGUGGAUGGUGGGAGCAGCGAUUGGGACAAGAGAGACCGAUAAGGAGAGGCUGGAGCACCUCGUCAAGGCUGGUGUCAAUGUGGUGGUGCUCGACAGUUCUCAGGGAAAUUCCCUUUAUCAGAUUGACAUGAUCAAGUAUGUGAAGAAAACAUACCCUGAGUUGGAUGUCAUUGGUGGCAACGUGGUCACAACGUACCAGGCAGAUAAUUUGAUCAAGGCUGGGGUUGAUGGUUUGAGGGUUGGCAUGGGGUCGGGUUCUAUUUGUACGACCCAGGAGGUCUGCGCCGUUGGACGUGGGCAGGCUACUGCUGUCUACAAGGUUUCAUCCCUUGCCUCUCAAUAUGGUGUGCCAGUCAUUGCGGAUGGUGGCAUUUCAAACUCUGGGCACAUUGUCAAAGCUUUGUCCCUCGGGGCAUCCACUGUGAUGAUGGGAAGCUUCCUUGCUGGAAGUACUGAGGCUCCUGGUGCAUAUGUGGUUCAGGAUGGCCGUCGAUUGAAAAAGUACCGAGGCAUGGGUUCACUUGAGGCGAUGACUAAAGGGAGUGAUGCAAGAUACUUGGGUGACACGUCAAAACUCAAGAUUGCACAGGGUGUUGUUGGCGCAGUGGCAGAUAAAGGGUCGGUCUUGAAGUUUGUCCCUUAUACCAUGCAAGCUGUUAAGCAAGGUUUUCAAGAUCUUGGAGCUCAGUCUUUAAGAGAUGCUCAUGACAUGAUAAAAACAACGCUGAGGCUAGAGGUAUGGCCAUUCUAUAGUAAGAACGGAGCUGCCCAAAUUGAAGGCGGAGUCCACGGGCUGGUCUCCUUCGAAAAGAAACCGUUCUGAGAUUCCUCCUCCUGUGGGAAGCUGAUCUUGCCAGGUUAGGCAACAUCAAAUUCAAGAAGCUGGCAAUUGAAUGAACCAUCAAUUGUGUUAUUGGCGUUGAAUGAGGAAGUAAUUGCUAUAGGGAGUAGUUAGGUCAUGGUCGCCAGAGCUCUCUUCGCAUUUGUUGGAACUUGUUGAAAGAGAUAAAAUGUUGUAUUUUUAUAUAUUAUAUUUUAAUCAAAAGAAUUACAAUAAU